AUGGCGCCUGGGGCCCAGCCAGCGCUCAAGCGCCUGGCGGCGGCAAAGAAGUCCGCUGCCUCUGUCGGCGCGCGGAAGCGGCCAGCGGCGGCAGUGACGGGGCCCAACCGGAGCAGGCCCGCCGCCGCAGGUCCGAGCGUCGGCGAUUCAUCGGGUGGCCUGGCCCACUGCCCACAUUCGGUGGCGAAUUUCAGGGAGGCGGUCGUGGUGCAGAUCGACCUCGCUCUCGAGGUCGAUUUCUCUAGGGAGAUUUUCUUCGGCACCUGCACGCUGAUGGUGCGGGUCGUCGACGCGGAGAAUCCCCCUUCCCAUGUGCUUCUGGACGCUCUCCACCUCAACGUUUUGGAGGUCUCGGAUGCGACGGACGGUGCAGCGCUUGACUGGGAAAUCCGCAAGCCCGAAGGUGCCAAGGCUGCUUUCGGGGACGCUCUGGCUGUGCGACUCCGCGGGGGCGAUAGGACAAGCAUCCGUGUGCGGUAUGAGACCACCGCGAGGAGCACGGCGAUCAGCUGGCUGACGGCAGAGCAGACGCAGAGCAAGAUGCAUCCGCUCGUGUUCACACAGAGCCAGGCCAUCUGCGGGCGAUCGCUAUUGCCGUGCCAAGACACCCCGUGCGUGAAGCAGCCGUUCACUUGGCGCAUUACGGUUCCGUCCCCGCUUACAGCCGUCGCCUCGGGCCAGCGCGAAGGUGAGGUGCUCGAGGAUGUGCUUCGAGGGACCCGCACAUUCACCUACAAGCAAGCCAUUCCUGUUAUGUCAUACCUGUUGGCCGUCAUCGUCGGGGACUUGGAGGAGAGGACUAUAGGCCCACGCAGCAAGGUCUACGCCGAGCCAGCCGUGGUGGCCGCAGCAGAGGCGGAGUUUAGCGGCAUUGUGGAGGACUACCUCGUCACUGCACAGGCGAUGGUCGGUGGGAGCCUCACCACGACUCUCGCGCACGAAAUUGUGCACUCCUGGGCGGGGAAUCUGGUAACAAACGCCUACCACAAGGAUUUCUGGCUCAAUGAGGGCUUCACACGGUACAUCGAGCGACGCGUGCUAGGUGGAAUAUUCGGCGCUGCUUUCCGCGAUCUGACCCUUGUAGUCGGAUAUGGCGAUUUGGUCAAGAGCAUCGAGAUGCUUGAAAAGUCGGGAACGCCCCACUUGACUUGCCUUGAGCCGUGCAUAGACGAUAUAGACCCGGACCAGGCCUUCUCGCGGGUGCCUUACGAAAAGGGUUCGUUAUUCCUCUUCUACCUGGAGCAGGUCGUGGGGGGUGGUGCGAGGGGUGAGUUAGGCGAAUCCAGGAUGACGGACUGGCUUCGCCGGUACAUCUGUGAUUUCCAAGGGAAAAGCAUUGAGACAAAAGACAUGGUUGCUCAUUUCAGAUCCUUCUUCAAAGACGUCCCAGGUGUAAGUGAUAUCGAUUGGCCUCAUUGGGUCAAGGGGCUGGGGCUGCCCUCCUUCGACCUGAAGAACCAUGUCGACGACAGCCUCCUGGUAAAGUCCAGGAACUUGGCGGAUGCUUGCCUCGCUGGAGGAGGCAGCUGCGCAAGCGGCGACCUGCAGGGUAUGAAAGCACAGCAGAUCAUGUUGCUUCUGGACCACUUGAUAGAAGCGGCAAACCAGGGCGCCUCCACGGCCCCCUCGAGCAGUGCCUUGGAGAAGAUGGAGGCGGCCUACGGCUUCUCCAAAACGCGCAAUGUGGAAAUCGCCUUCAGGUGGUGCGUGCUGGGAUGCAAAUGCCGCUGGGAUGGCGCCCUGGAGCCAUCAAAGACUUUUCUGGCAAGCCAUGGGCGGGGCAUUUAUGUGAAGCCUCUCUACAUGGCAUUGUCAGAGUUCAAGCCUGAAGUCGCCAAGCGAACAUUCGAGCAGAACCGCGGCUUCUAUAUGGCACCCAUCUCCAGGGGCAUCGCCACGUUCCUCGGA